CACUCCUUUUUGUCUUUCUUAUUUAUUUCGUUUGAUUUGUACACGACAACACAACUAAGUUGUUAAUAAAAACUUUUAAAUUCGGAUUUAUUCGUGUAUUGUAGCUAAUUUAAGUUUUAGAAUUUAACCAAAUGGCUUUCGUGGAGAUGGCAAAGGUAGGUCGGACCAGUGGCGAUGGUAUGGAUCAAGAGGAUCUGCAAGAGAAAGUGGGGGCACAACAGUCAGCAAAUCAAGCAGAUAAUCAGGUCAGCAGUGCUAAUGACGUUGAAACAGCCAAUCUACCUAAAGAAUCAAUAAGUGCUGCCUUGGAUAAUAAACAAAAGACGAGAAAAACAUCAAGCUGCUCAAACAGCAACAAGGUCAACAAUGGCUUGCCUUUACCCGGUUUGCAUACACUAUAUCGUAGACCUGAAUGCGUUACCAGAAGCUUAAAACCUGUAGUUCCUAAGGGCGAAUUGGUAAUGAUGAAACCAAGACUUGUUGAACCCGUAAAUGCAGUGCCAGAACACAAAAAGACAAAGCCACCGAAAUUUAUACCUUUUGAACCAUAUCCAGGUGCUGUUAAUCCCAUUGUGCCAAAAGCUCGUAGUGGUUCGGUUACGCCAAAAUUUGGUAAUACAUCCGUGAAAUCAAAUCGCAAUAAUUUGGAUAUUGGUGUGCUAGUUUCACAAAUGUCCAACAUAAGAACACAAGAGCUACAAGAUGUCGGUGCUGGUGAGGCAAAACAAACAUCUAUUGAAAGCGAUUCUUCUUCAGAUAAAACGACAGUGAACUCAGAAGAGUUGGAAAAAUUAAAAGAGGAAUUGAAAAAGAUCAGAGACGAGAGGGAUUACUAUCAGGGGCAAUAUAAAUUUCAAACCCAAGUCAAUUCUGAAUUGAAAAAUCUUCUCGUUGCCUCUGUGGGAGAAGAUCUAUUGACGCGGGUGAAUGUCUUGACUGAGGAUAAACUUCAAUUGGCACGCGCCCUAUUGGACACAGCAAAUAAUGUUACCACUCAUACGGAACAAAUUGAAUUCCUUGCUGGCCAAUGUGAAGUAUGGCGUUCGAAAUUCUUAGCUAGUAGUGUAAUGGUAGAAGAAUUGGCCCGUUGGAAGGCUGAUUUAACACAGAAAAAUCAAAUGUUAACCGAAUCGACAAAGAAACUCCUACACACUACACAUCAGUUGCGGCAAAUGCACUUGGAUAUGUUGAAGAAUUUAAAAUUCCUAGCCAAAAUACGUUAUCUCAAUUUACCAGCAACUGAUGUUGUAAAUUUAGCAGUGGAAAAUUUAAAUAUUCUACAACAAAUGGUUUUGCAUUCGGGUGUGGGUAUGCCCGAAGGUGAUUUAACCAUUUCAUCUGCAUCCACUUCGCCUCUGUGUGAAUCAGAAAAAUAUGCGGUACAGGCUUUGCAAUUUAUUAGUCAACCUCUAAUGGCAACAGAUGAGGCCAUUAAAGCUCUAUUCGGUCAAACCCAUCGACCAUAUGUGGUGCAACAAAGCUCCGCAGGUGGCGAACAGACAGGUGAUACUAAACCAGUAGAAUAAGUUAAAUAAAUACGCGUGGUUGUAUAUAAUUGUGUUUUAUAUAUUUUUAAUUGAGAAAAAAGAAA